UUCUUUAAGGCUGUGUAAAAUAUUGAAAACAUUGUUGGUGGCAUGGACAAUACCAGAUAUAAUUCUUAAACGAUUUUGACAAACGAGGUCUCAUUCAAGAAAUAAAGAUUAGAGAAAAAGUUACAGAAUAGUUUAUUCGUAAAAAUCAAACUAUUUUAUAAACAGGCUAAUAUAUGAACCCUUAAAUAUUGCAAUUUAAAGACAAAAUGAUCUUUGAUACUAUUCAAAAUAAACAGCUCAUAUACAAAACUUAAAUUCAUUUCAUUUUUCUAUUAAUUUUUGAAAUUUCACAGUACUACGUUGGUGUAAUUUAAAAAUGGCGGCAAGUGGUCCAAAGUGGUACAACAGCGCCAAGACCAAAUUUCAUCGGUGCUAGAAUGUUAAAUUACAAUUAGCUAUAUUCCGAAAAUAAAUCUGAUGUCUAAAAUAAAAUUACUAGACAUAAUAUUGGAGAUUGGAUGCGUGUGAGAGAGUAUAAUAUUUUCGUUUAAUUUUCGUACGUCCGACAUUUGUUUGAAUAUUCAAAUCUAACAAAAAUGGCACUCGUUAUUUCGUUGUUAAAGCUAACAUUGGCCUAACACUUUAGUCGGUUUCUCCUUUCUUCAUCUCUUUGUGAAAAUCGGUUUUUUUUUAGAUUUGUUUCUUACGUCUUAUUUAAAUAUCCGAUAUGCUUGCUGUUCAUUCAUUAUUAACUAGGCGUAUUGAGGAUGAGGAUAAGGUUUCAGAAGUUAUGAAAGAUUUUAAUAAAAAGGACAAUGAUCAUGAUCGCAUAAAAAAAGUUCUCGAAGUAAUGGUACAGUUCGAUAUAACUCCUAAAGUUCCAUUACUAACAAAAGAAAAUAUUCUCUCGAAAAAGUAUCAAAACAUGGCAGACAGUUUGUUUCUUAAAGAGCCCGUCGAUCCAAAGAAUCUCAAGGAAAUAUUAAUUUUAUAUACAAAGAGUGUUGCUCAUGGAGCACCUUUAUCGGAACAAAUUGGUCUGAGUUAUGUUAGCAGAGCUGCUCUUUUAUUCUAUAUGAAAGAAUUUAAAGAUUGCAUUAGUGAUAUUGACAGAGCAGUUACCAUCGAUUUGGAGGAUAAGUUAAAAAUCCAAAUAAAAUUGCAAAGAAUAGAGUGUUUGUUGGAGUUAGGAGAAUCUAUAAAGAAUGAUUAUACCAAUAUGCAUAAUAUGGUGCAACAGUUACCAGAAGAGACUCCUAACAAACAUCAAUACCUGAAAAUAUUAGAAAGUUUUCAAAAGCAAGCACAAAAAACAGACACUAAAAAGAAACUAAUUAAACAAAAGUACAAAGUAAAAAUUCCAGUAAUUGAAUCGCCAAACGUAGAAGUUCCAUCUGCAUCAGAUGCAGUUUCUGUUGUUUACAAUAGUGAAUAUGGGAGACAUAUUGUUGCUGCCCGCGAUAUUAAACCUGGCGAACUCAUUGCUGUAGAGAAAGGUUAUUCUUAUAUUUUAGAUCCAAUACGUUGUUAUAGUCAUUGUGCAAAUUGCACGGAGUGUUGUUUAGCACUUAUACCUUGCGAUUAUUGCUAUAUUGCGAUGUACUGUUCAGAAAAAUGCCGAACUGAACACUGGGAGCAAUUUCAUGAAAUAGAAUGUCGUGUAUUUUCUAUUCUGUAUGAGAUUUCAGACAACGGUGACGCUAUGUUUAAUUCUUUCUGUAUAAGACUCGUAUUACAAGCACUUAGAGAAUUUGGAAGUAUACAAUCUUUAAGAAAUGAACUUCUUCAUCUUAAGGAAAGGAACGAACAGCUUGAUCCUAGAACACAAGGAUUUGAUUCCAAUAUGAAGUAUCACAGUGAUAAAUAUACAAGUAUAUAUAGUCUUACAAAAAAUGUUGAAAAAAGAUCAUCUUUUGACUUAUUUAGAAGAGGUGUAAAUUCUUGCAUUCUUUUAUAUUUAUUAGUCAAGCAUUCUACGUUUUUUGGAGAAAAAAAAGAAAUGAAAUUAUCCGAAAUAGCCAAAGAUGAAGAUAUUACAUUCAUUGGUGGUCUCAUAUUAUCUCAUCAACAAUUAAUACCUAGUAACUUUCAUGAUUUAGAGGAAAUACUUGUUCAUAAUUCUAAAAAUCGAGGAAUGGUAUCUUUGGCAUUUUGCAGUUUGUUUAAUCACAGUUGUAUGCCUAAUGUAAUUAGAUAUUCUGUAAACACAACCAUGGUUUUGCAUACUGUAUAUCCUAUAAAGAAAGGAGAACAGCUUUUUGAUAAUUAUGGUUUUCAUUAUGCUGUAACAGUAAGAUCAAGAAGACAAGAGGCACUUCUAGGACAAUAUUAUUUCUUCUGCCAAUGCUUACCAUGCCGAGAAAAUUGGCGUACAAGUCCUGAACUACUUACUGUCAAUGAAUUGUUAAAACCACCGCUUAGAAAAUCGUUCAUUGCAAGAACCUUAGAAAUGCUCGAUUAUCUCAUCGUUUUUGUUGGUGUUGCAAGUGCGAAAACUAUUGAAGAUAGAAAAGAUAUACGAGAUUCUUUAUUUAAAAUGUUAACAACAUUAUAUGAACAUUCUUUAUAUCCUUCUUUAGAAUUUAGUAAGAUUACGGAAACUUUAAGACAUGCUUAUAGCAUGCUUGGCAACGUACAUUAUUUUCCUAAAAUAAAAAUAGAAGAAAAAAAGAAAUGAGUUCAUUAUAAAUUAUUGUAUGUGUUUUGGUAUUUUAUAUUUUUAUAUUAAUUAUUUUGUGAAAGAAUGAAAAUAAUCAAAACUUUAUAGUCCUGUAACUGAUAGCUCAUGGAAUUUAUUGAAAAGUAGUUUACAUUGCUAAUUAUUUUAUUAUAUAUUCAUUAAAAAUUAUACAUUGCAAAAAUAAACUACUCGAAUUCUUAUAUUUUCUGAGGUAGAUAAUUCAAUAAUGAAACAUACUGCCAGUACUAAUACAAAUACGGAUUAUACAUUGUAAAGUAUUUGUAAGUUACUUAAUACGUGUAAUAAGAUAAUGAAUAUUUGUGGAAAAGUAAUUACUAGAAUAAUAUAUCCUUAAAAAUAUAUUAUCAAUUAAUAAAUGUUAAAGGAUAUUCAAAUUAUCCGUAAAUGACUUGUAUUUAUGUUAUCGUGGUCGCUUUGUGUAUGUCCGAAAUAUUAAUAUACAAAAAUUAACUUAAAUAUUCGGUCUUGGUAUGUGUUGUUAUAUAACGUAUUUGGUAUGUGUUGACAAGCAAACAUGUGAAUUUUGGCAUUUUCCAAUUUCGGUCUUUUAUGGUAACGUAUACACGCCAACGUGUCAUAUUUUUCGUCUUUAAUAAUUAUGUCAUUAAACUGUGUCGUUUAUAUGUCAUUAAAUUAUGUUGUAAAUACUGUCAAAUGUCGUACUUCUUCUGCCAAACUUAACGUAAAGUUACCGUUACAACGGAACGAUUACGUUAACAAUCCAAUAGAUAUCGUUAACAAAAUUAUAAGUCUUAUCGAAUAUCCCUUUACCGAGGCAGAUGAUGUAUCUUUGUUUUUAAUUUUAUUAACAUAUUCUGUAUCUGUGAUAUAUAAUUUACUUUCGUUAUUAACUUUGUCAGAAUAUACUCCGUGAACAUAAUUAAUUCUCCAAUUAACACCAGUGUAAACAGGACUGUACUUUUUCAAAUAUUGACCAACCAUAUCUGCUGUGGUAACACCUAAAACAUGAUAAUGAUUAAUAAAAACGACGACCUUUUGUGAAAUUUAAAAUAAAAA